AAUCAUUCACGCUAGUUCCCCUGAUUUCUUCAGUUUGCACCUUGGUUGUCCUGUUACUUUCUCUCUUUUACUUUCUUUAUUUCAGAAUCUUUUGGCCCUAUUUCCAGUUCUUUAUUCUUUUUUCUGUUUCAGUAUUUCUAAUUCCUACAACAACAAAAAAAAACCUGUUUGCUUUCGUUUAUUUCUCGAUUACUAGAAAGAAUUAUCAUUUCUUGUAUUUGUUGUUAAUUUCGGUGUCUUUUAAUUAUUUUCAUUUGCUUUACUUCUCUUCUGAGUUUUUCAAACUUCAAAAAAAAUGGUUGAUGUUGCUGGGAGUGUCGGGGGUGUGAUGAGUCCUGUCCUUCAAGUUGGUCAGUGGUUGGCUGCUCCGAUUUGGCGUCAAUUUAAGUACUUGUUCAACUACAGGAGCAACUUUAACAGUCUCCAAGAACAAGUUGAUAAGCUGAAGAAUACAAGAGACGAAGUUCAACAUAAGGUCACUGCAGCUGAAAGAAAUGUGGAAGAAAUCAAACAAAAUGUUAAGAACUGGCAGGAGGUUGUGGAGAAGACGAUUACUAAAGCAGAGCAGUUGAUUCAACAGAAUGCAAACAACCCUCGAUGUUUCAAGGGAUUGUGUCCCAACUUCAUCAUUUACUACAAACAAAGUAAGAAAGCAUUCAAAUUAAAACGGGAUGAUAUUGAUCCACUUCUUCAGCAAGAAAGGGAAUUGGGACCAGUUUCCAAUCCCAGUAAUCCACGGGAGAUCUGGCUUAGAACUAGUGAAGAUUACUUGACUUUUGAAUCAAGAAACUCCACUAUGAAGAAUGUAUGGGCUGCUUUAAAUGAUGAGAGUGUCUUCAUGAUUGGUGUUUACGGGAUGGGUGGUCUUGGUAAGACCACUCUUGUGCAAGAAAUUGGUAGGAAAGCCGAGAAGGAAAAGCUCUUUGAGGAGAUUGUUUUUGUAGAGGUUUCAGAAUCUCCUGAUAUAAAGAAGCUUCAAACAACAAUUGCAGACAAAUUGAAGCUGAAAUUCGAAAAUGAAAGUGAAAUGGCAAAUAAGCUAUAUUCAAGAAUGGAGAAGAAGAAUAUCCUUUUAAUUCUAGAUAAUAUUUGGAAACCUGUAGAACUUGAUAAGAUGGUAGGAAUUCCUUGUGGAGCUGAUCGUGGAAGAAAUAAGCUUCUGUUCACAACAAGAAAUGUAGAUGUGUUGGAGAAAAUGGGGUCCACAAAAAAUUUUGGAAUGGGCUUUCUAAAGGAUGAUGAAGCUUGGACCUUAUUUACCGAAAUGGCAGGUGAUGUUAUCCAAACACGCGAAUUGCAUUCUCUAGCAAAUAAGGUAUGCAAGGAAUGCGGAGGAUUGCCUAUUGUUAUUUGUACAAUAGCAAAAGCAUUAAAAAAUAAGAGUCAUCCAUCUGAUUGGAAGGUUGCAUUACAAGAACUGAGAGCUCCUACACCAACAAAGUUCACAGGAUUCCUAGAAGAGGAAUACACGAAGAUCGCCUUAAGUUACAAGUAUUUAAGAGAUGAACUUAAGAAAACUUUUUUAAUUUCUAGUCUAUUGAAAAAUAAUACUUCCAUUUCAGACAUGUUUAGACAUGUUGUGUGCCUAGAUAUACUUGAAGGAGCUAACUUGACAAUGGAAGAAGCACGAGAUAGACUUGAUAAAUUGGUUCGUGAUCUCAAAGAUGCUUGUUUGUUACUUGGCGAGUUAAGAAGCGAACAAUUUGCUAUGCACGAUGUUGUUCGUGCUGUUGCCAUAACAAUUGCAUAUGUGGAUCACCAUGUGUUUACAGUGAGGAAUGAUUUUGAACGAGAAUGGAAGGAUAGAGAUAAACUCAAGAAAUGCACAAAAAUCUCCUUGCCUGGCAAUAGUCUUAUUAUUAGUCAGCUUUGGCCUAAUUAUUUUGAUUGUCCAAAUCUUGAAUAUUUCUAUAUGACUAAUAUGUGGAAGUCUUCUUUCAAAUUCCCAGAGGACAUCUUCAUAGUGAUGCCAAAGCUCAGAGUAAUGAAUUUAGAUGGAUUACAACAAUCGUCAUUGUUGUCAUCAAUUGAUCUUCUAACAAACCUUCAAUCUUUGUGUUUAGAUAAUAGCGAAGUUAAAGAUUUUGCUAUUAUUGGAAAGCUAACGACACUAAAAGUUCUUAGCUUGCAAAACUCAAUUAUUGAGGAGUUUCCUAUAGAAUUGGGUCAAUUGAUUCAAUUAAGGUUGUUAGAUUUAAGCAAAUGUUGGAAAUUGAAAGUUGUUGCUCCAAAUGUGAUAUCACAAUUAUCCCAAUUGGAAGAGUUUUAUAUAAAGGGAUGCCCUAUUAAGUGGAAGCAUGAAGUACUCGAGGAAAUGAAAGUCUUGUCUAAUCUCACUAGUUUAUCAUUGGAUAUUGAUUUUAACAAUGUGUUGCCUAAAGACUUUUUUUCCAAAGAGCUUAAAAGGUACAAAAUAUCAAUUGGCCAAUGGGAGUUUCAUUGCCAACUGGAGUGUUUGAGGAUAUUACAAUUUAAAUUUAAUUCUACCAUCUGCUUAGAAAAAUUACACGGAAUCAAGAAUGUUGAAGUUUUGCAGUUGGAUGAAUCUUCAGAUGAAGAGAAUGAUACUAAGGCUUCAAAAGUUAUUUUGCAAUCUAAUGAAACUAGACCACUUUUUAACAAAAAGGUUAUUUUCACCGAUUUGAUGAGUUUGGAAUUGAUCAAUAUUAGUUUUGGAAAGAUUUGGGAGAGCCAACUUUCAACUUCUUCUUAUGAAAAUUUGGCACAGUUGUUUUUGAACCGAUGCAAUAAAAUAAAGUAUGUGUUUUCGUUUUCCAUAGCCAAAAACCUCCAGCAACUCCGAUACCUUAAGAUAGAGAAUUGUAAGGCUUUGGAGAAGAUUGUUGAAGGAGAAGAAGGAACAAAAAUUGUUAAUUCUAUAUUUCCACAAAUAACUCAAUUGGUGCUUCAAAAUUUACCCAAACUUACUGUUUUCUAUCAAGGAACGCAUGCUUUGGAAUUGUCAAUGCUAAAAACAUUGCAGAUAGACAAUUGUCGAAACUUCACUUCAAUAUGUCAAGACUUUCAAGAUAAUAAUAAGGAGGGUGAAGUUCAAGUUUUAGAGUCAAAAUCCAUUUGCUUAGAGCAUAAGAUUAAUUCUGAUUUGGAGGAAAUUACAUUGGAAGAUUAUUGGGAAGGGGAUGUGAGAGAGAUCAAUUGGUUGAGUGAAUCUAAAACUCUUUGUAUCUCCAAUGCAAAUAUUUCAGUUGGACUCCUUCAAAGAUUUUAUAAUCUUGAAGUUCUAUUUGUAGAUUCCAAUGAUAGAUCGAUGAGUCUACUAUCAUUCUCAGCCUAUUUCCAAAAUCUUAAAGUUUUGGAAAUAAGACAUUGCUCCGGAUUGAUAAAAAGGUUAAUAACACCUUCAAUGAUUAAAAGCUUGGUGCAACUGAGAGAAAUGAGUAUAGACAAUUGUGGAUUGCUUACUGAAAUAGUAGAAAAUGAGGGAGAUGAAACAACAACUGAAAUUGUUUUUAACAAUUUGAACAAGUUAUCACUUCAAUACUUAAAUUGUCUUACAUGCUUUUCUUCUGGAAAUUAUUCUUUCAAUUUUCCAUCUUUGGAAGAGUUAAUUAUAGAAGAUUGUCCCAAUAUGAAGACUUUUUCUUCAAGAAGCUUAAGCACACCAAAGUUGUGCAAUGUCCAUUUUAGGAUGUUUUGUGAAGAUGAGAUGAAGCUAUUUGAGAUUGGGGAGAAUGACUUGAAUACAAUUAUACAAGAAGCAAGCAAUAAAAAGGUUAACACUGAUCUGAGGAAAUUGACAUUAAAUGGAAGAGAUAUUAUGUCAAUUUGGAAAGGAGAGUUUGAAGAGAAUUUUGUUAAAGUAGAAACUCUUGAAUUGGUUAAGGAUGAAUAUGCAUAUAUUCCAAUUCAAAUCCUUCUUAAAUUUGUCAGUCUUGAAAUACUUAUAUUAGAAGUGAGUUCAUAUGAAGAGAUAUUCUCAUGUGGAGAAGGUGAAGAAUAUGUUCGAGCACUUGCAAAAUUAAAAGUUUUACUAUUGUGUGGACUUUUUAAUUUAAAAUGCAUUUGGAAACGAGACUUUCAGUUCAAAUCUAUUCUUCAAAAUCUUCAUUCAUUAUUGGUAGUAUAUUGUCACAAUUUGAUGACUGUGUUGCCACCUUCAUCAUCUUUUGAAAAUCUAACGACUUUGGAGGUAUGGUUUUGUAAUGGAGUGCAAAACUUAAUUGCACCUUCAACAGCCAAAAGUCUAGUAUGCUUAGAAAAGUUGAAAAUAAGAGAAUGUGAAAUGAUGAUAGAAGUAUUAGCAAAUGAAGAAGAUAUAAAGGAAGAUGAAAUUGUUUUUCAGAAACUUAAGAAGUUGACCUUGUUUAAAUUAGAAAGUCUCACAUGUUUCUAUUCUGGGAAUUACUCCCUAAAUUUCCCAUUUUUGGAAUCAUUAAAUGUGUCUAAAUGCUUCAAGAUGAAGACUUUCUCCAGAGAAAGUUUAAAAAUGCCACGGCUACAAAAAGUGAAUGGGAAAGUUUAUAUAAAUGACCUUAAUUCAGUCAUACAACAAUUACAAAAUGAUUGUUCAAAGUUCUGUGAUAGAAUAACAAAAGAAUUAGAAGAAGAACUAGAAGCAGGACUAGAAGAAAAAUGGAAGUCAUGUGGUAACAAGGAAAAAGUUUCCUACUGGUUAGAUGAGUUUGUUCCCCAGAAAACGUCAACUUAUAUAAGCCAAGAAGAUCUGCAUAUACCUGAUUAUCAAUUCCCUCGAAUGGUUGAUAGGUACAGAGCUUUUUUUUCCCCUGUCUGUGUAGAUCUGAUGAUGGAAGUCAGUAAAAGAGAGGAGGCAGGAAUUGUUCCGGAUCCAGAUGUAGCUACUUACAUGAAGUUCAACUGCAUAUCAGAUUGUUGUUUGGCCAUAGCAGCAGAAGGAAAAGUUGUGUAUGAAGAACAACGCAAUAAAUUUGUAGAAUUUUUCGGGGACUGUGGAUUCAAGUGUCCUCAAAGAAAAUCUGUAAUUGACUUUCUUCAGGAGUUGAGCAUUCAGUUAAUUGAUGCUUCUUUAUCGGUAGUGUCAGCAUGUCCUUCUCUUUGUCUUUUUCUGGAAAAUGAUUUCAUCAUUGUCUUCUGGUUGCUUAAAGGUUGCAGUAUUCCAGGUAAAACAUUAUUGACCAGAAGGGCAGAUCCUAUUGAGGACCCAAGCUUACAUUCCUCAAGUUUUGGACGCAGCCUUUCUCAGAAUGAUGCUGGGACAAGUGAUAAUAUGCAUGAUUCCGUAGAGGUAGAAGAUCAAGAUACAACCAAGCCAAAUAAUGGAAGUUCUUAUAAGUUAACAAUUUCAAAUAUUGAAACUAUGUUAAAAAAAUCUCAUAGGUCCACCAUGGGUGCUAGAGCUACAGAUUCUACAUAUGAAACCAAGGAGCUAUCUGGUUCCAUGGUCAUAUUAGAGAGAGUACGAGAGUUAGCUUGGAGUGGUGUACCACCAUACAUGUGCCCUACCAUAUGGAGGCUUCUUUUGCCAUAUGCACCACCAAAUUCAGAUGGAAGCAAGGGAGUCCUAAGAAGGAAGCAUAGUGACCAUCUUGACUGUGUUGCUCAGUUUUAUGACAUUCCAGAUACUAAACAUUCAGAUGAUGAAAUUAACAUGCUUCGCCAGGAUGAUUGUUCUGCUUGGCCUCAAAGUUGCAGGAAGAUCACACUUCUAAAGGCUCUCUCAGAAACUCCUGACAAAUCUCAAAAGCUAUGUACUUGGAGCAUUGGUCACUACCAUUUUGCCGUGCAGAAAGCUGGAAAUGGCAAUGCAAGUCAGAUGUUAGAUGUCCUACUUUUGAUUCUGUUUUCUUCGAUGGAUGAUGAUGGGAAGUUUUCUAUAAAUGGUUACAGACUAGAUGAAUCUGCUUCCCAGAAAAAAAAAAAAUCAACAGCUUAUACAAGCCAAGAUGAUCUGCAUAUAGCAGAAAUGACUACUGAGGGACCACUUGAUUUUUCUGCCCGAUGUCCUGGUAAGGGAGACUGA